AUUGUCCAAUUGAAAUUUUAUGAUAUUCUAUCUAAUAUCAAGCACAUGAGGGCAGUUUGUACACACAAAGAAGACCGAUCGAAAGAGAAAAACUGUAUUUUGUAAAUUUUUUCCUUAAUAUUGACUAUUGAGUGAAUAUGUUUUUCUGAUCCGUUGUGUUUUCAAUGUGUGACGUCUCCCUCACGCCUACCGCAUGAUACGAAUCAAAACACAAGAAACACUGAAGUAUGUAAAUUUUUCAUGUUUACAAAUUAAAUGCAUUAUUAAUCUCCAUGCGACGCCUUGCAACUAAACAUAUAAUUGGAGCGAAAUAAGUUCGCGAAGUCUACAUUUCUCCCACGCAGUUUGGUUUUUCUUGCUUUAUUCCGAAAAACGUUCACGUGAAUGUAUGGCCGAAGACUUCGCGAAACUGGAGGAAAAUCUUCCCGUUUAUGGCUGGCGCGUUAAGUUGGAUCACACAUUUCCGACGAGACCUCGAGCGAGCAAAUUACCGCGAUGGAAACAGUUGCCCAAAUUAGUGGGUCUAGGAUAUCGGUUGAUGAAAAAUGCUGCCAAAGAGAAAAAGGAAGGAAGAGUGCCAAUCAUCGAUCCCUAUAAAAUGAAUCCAUGUCGACAGAUAUAUGGCGUUCCGCUUGGUGGUAUUGGCUGUGGUUCUAUCGGCCGUGGUUGGAAAGGUGACUUUAACCGUUGGCAGUUGACCCCCGGAAUGUAUUCUUACGAUAUUGUCCCUGCUGACCAGUUCACUGUCUGUAUACGAAGAAAAGGAAGGACUGUUCAUCAGCAAGUAUUGUGUCCUCAAACAUCGUCGAAUCAUUUGUUGUAUGGUCAAAGUUUGAAGUCGUGGAACUGGGGUUUUAAUGGCGAAAAUGCGAUUUACCACGCACUCUAUCCACGCUCGUGGACUGUGUACGAAAUACCAUCGCAAAGGAUUCGUUUGAUUUGCAGGCAAAUAUCCCCUAUAUUCCCUAAUGAGUAUAAGGAUACAAGUUUACCAGUCGCUGUGUUUGUCUGGACCGUACAGAAUUACGGUAGAGAAGAUGCUGACGUCACCAUCAUGUUUACGUUUCAAAAUGGUGAAGGCAUAGCGGAUGAUCCUAGCUAUGGUCAUUACAACGAACCUUUCACAUGUAAAGGCAUUCAUUCAGACGUCAAUGAAGAUUCUAGGACAAACCGAGCUCAUGACGCAGGAGAUAAAAGUUCGCCAGUAGUGUAUGACGUCACUGGCGUUUUGCUAAAUCGUAAUAUUUAUCCGCGAUGCACUUACGUCAUUGCUGCAAAAGGAAAACGUCAGGAGAAAACAAACUUAAUUCGCGUCACAUGGAAAACAUUUUUUGAUGCAAAAGGUCCCGGACGAAGAGUCUGGCAGGAUUUACACGAAGAUGGGCUACUUUCAUCAGGUUCAGACGUCAGCAAGCGCAGCAAACCCGGUGAAUGUCCCGCUGCUGCAGUCGCAGCGACGACGAACGUACCCUCUGGAACGGGGCAAAAAUUGGAAUUCUCGCUCGCAUGGGAUAUGCCCGUGGUUUACUUUGGAUCGAAAAAGAUAAAACACUAUAGAUGGUACACGAAAUAUUUUGGUUACCUUGGUAACGCUGGCCCGUCUUUGGUGAGUCAUGCCUUCAGAAGCUACCAUGAAUGGGAAGAGAAAAUAGAUGAUUGGCAGCAGCCUAUAUUACGUGAUACGAAUCUUCCAGCAUGGUACAAGUCAGCUUUAUUCAACGAGUUGUAUUUCGUUGCUGACGGUGGCACGAUAUGGUUAGAUGUUGUCAAAGAAGAAAAAGAAAACCCAGAUGUAAAGAAUUUACCAGAAUUCGUUUUGCAGUAUGGUAGAUUUGCUUAUCUCGAAGGUCACGAAUACAGAAUGUAUAACACCUACGACGUCCAUUUUUAUGCUUCCUUUGCUCUCCUCAUGCUCUGGCCAAUGCUGCAUCUCAGUCUUCAAUAUGAUAUAGCGGCCAUUGUGAACAGAAGUGAAAUGAAAAAGAGGCUGACGAUGAUGAAUGGCAGAUCUUGUCCAAGAAAGGUCCAGGGAUGUGUUCCUCAUGAUGUUGGAGAUCCUGAUGAUGAGCCGUGGACAAAUAUUAACGCGUAUGCGAUACACGACACUUCUGAGUGGAAAGAUCUAAAUUUGAAAUUCGUUCUUCAACUGUAUCGUGAUUACGUAUAUACUGAUGAUAUUCAAUAUUUGGACGACCUUUGGCCAGUCGCAAAGACUGUCAUGGCAAAAGCAGUUAGUCAAGACUCCGACGGCGAUGGCUUGAUAGAUAACUCUGGAUUCGCUGAUCAAACAUAUGACGCUUGGGUUGUGUCGGGACCAAGUGCCUAUUGUGGCGGGUUAUGGUUAGCUGCUCUUCGUGCAAUGUCGGAAAUCGCUCGAGUUCUCGGUUAUCGUGAAGACAUAAAAAAAUACAACAAUCUUUUGCAACGAGGAAAAAGAGCUUACGAACGCAAACUGUGGAAUGGUCGUUACUACAACUACGAUUGCAGUAGAAGACGUUAUCAUAACAGCAUUAUGGCAGACCAAAUGGCGGGUCAAUGGUAUCUCAAGGCAUGUGACAUAGGACAGCAUCUUAACGACAGGGUGUUCCCCAAAACGCACGUGAUUAGUGCUCUUACGACCAUUUUCGAAUACAACGUCCUGCGGUUUCAUCAUGGCAGAAUGGGCGCAGUAAAUGGUAUGAGACCUGAUGGCAAGAUAGACACAAGCAGCGUGCAAGCUGAAGAGGUUUGGACAGGAAUAACGUACGCAGUUGCUGCAGCGAUGAUUCAGGAGGGUCUGGUCGAAGAAGGCUUCCGAACAGCUAGCGGUGUUUACCGAAGUUGUUAUGAGCGUUUUGGAAUGGCAUUCCAAACUCCUGAGGCAUACACAAGUAAUGGUUGCUAUAGAUCGUUGGGCUACAUGAGACCGUUAAGCAUUUGGGCAAUACAGUGGGCGUGGGAGCGAAGGUCGAAGAAGUUGCAAGAUAAAAAACAUGCAAAUGCAGCUUUCAAAUUGCCGAUGAACGAGUGUUGCCUCAUGAAUGGGUGUUGGGAGCAGGAAGAGCACAAUAACGUUUAUAUUUGGGAAGAUCAAUCUUUUUCUAACAGUCCAAGUGUCACCCCUUCCAGGCCAUUGUCUGUUGCUGAUAUGACGUCACCUCUUGACUGUGAUUUUUCUGGCUUGGACGUCUUUGACCAGGUUCCAACAACACCAGGAUUGCCUGUUCGUGCAAAAUCUGAUGGAAAUUUGGAUUUUAGUUGUAUUUACACUUCUGGAAAUUAAUAUGCAGAUUUUGAAAAUGUCCAGGUCCUGUUCAUCGAAAGCUGGACAGUCUCCUCCAUUCUCAGCUUUUAAUGUAUAUUGGGUCACGAUGAUUUGAAAUUUUGAGUGUACAUUAAUAUCAAAAAAUCUAUAAAAUAA